UCAUCCAGUCUAUAGACAAAGUAAAAAGUAAAUAUAGUGAAACAUGUCUAAGUUAACAAGAUUUAUAACGCAAAAUGUCAGAGUUGCUAAUUUAUUGGGAAGUCGUCAAUUGCUGUCUCGCUCUUAUGCCAAUGCUCCGGCUGUAAGUGAGGAGGAACUUCCAACAGCAACAAACAGCGAUGAACCCGUGGAUAUGCCGAAUCCCUUUGAAAAGGAUCCCCAGCAAUGCAUUUUAUGCAAACACGAUAUUUCACCACACUAUAAAAAUGUAAAACUGCUGUCUCAGUUCCAAUCGCCUUACACAGGCCGCAUUUACGGUCGCCAUAUAACCGGGUUAUGCAAGCAGAAGCAAGAGGAUGUGGAAAAGGCCAUAAUGCGAGCGCAGCGCUGUCUCCUUAUGCCUGGCUACCACAAAGAUUUAGACUUCCUACAUGAUCCUAAGCUCUUUGAUCCUGAGAGACCAGUGCGCCCACACAAAUAUUAAUAGAGGAAGCACGUUUUUGUUUUUUUGCUUAAAAUAAAUGUUUUACUAAAAGUUUAUAUUUUUACAUUUCUCAAGAGUCAUCUUCCAAGUAUUUCAUCAUGUCCGAAGGUACGCGCAGCUGCUUUAGAAGCUCCCUUUUACAAACACGUGGUCUCACCAACGCUUGAAUAUCGUCUAUCACCUUAGCAAACCCAACCUUCCAAAUUUCAAUCUUGGCCUCGAGGUCAGCUAUUUCACGCAGUCUCCAUUUCUCUUCUGGAUCUAUCCAACGUUUCUUUUGCUUUGGAGGUUUGGGAGACUCGGUUGAGCCUUCUGUUUCGUUAAGAGCUGUGAAUUCCAAUUUCUUUUUGGUUAAAUCCUUUUUUAUGCGUGACAAGCCAGGACGACGGCAAUUUGUUGAGC